CUGAUAAAUUACCACGCUCAUUUCCAUGGGAGGCAGCCGUGCUUAAGUGUGCUCUGGGUGUUCAGAUUUCACAUUCAGCAAUCUGAAAAGCUUCUGCGAAGGAGCAGGGCUCAUUGUUUCUCUCACAAAGCAAAGAGCCCCCCCGCACUGAGCAACAAAAACAACUACUCUCCAGUCAUGCAGGCUCUCCAGGUUGCUGCCCUGUGCCUUUUAAUGGCUCUGGAGCCAGUGAAUUGCCAGCAAGGCCUGGGAAAUCUCCAGCCGUGGAUGCAGGGGCUUAUUGCAGUGGCUGUUUUCCUAGUCCUGGUGGCGAUUGCUUUUGCAGUCAAUAAGUAUUGGUGUCAGGAAAAAGAGGAAAAUAUGGAGUCGGUGGUCACCAUAGGAGACCAGAAGGAAGAGGCUGCCGUAUCCAACGGGACUGAGGGGAGGUAUUCAAUCACAGCGGCUGAUUUCAGGUCCAAAGAAACCCAGCACGCCUAUGAAAAUAUCGUUGAGUACGAGGGGAAAGUCAUCACUACUCCAAUGUAAGAGCCACCUUCAAGGAUUGCCCAUUUCAUGCCAUCCUUUUUUGCCCCUCUGCAAUUCUAACUUGGCAUCCCUGUGCUGUGGUCAGCUCUAUAGCCAGGAGUCGUCCAUGGAUUCACCCAUGGAUUCACCCAUGCCCUGGAAGAUGAAGAUUGCUCCCAGCAUCAUCCAAACCUGGGCAGGAUAGUAAGGACAACAGCCACAGCUGCCUUUUACUCCCUGAUCCCUGUCAGCGUGCAGGGAGUGGGAGAUGCCAUCCUAGCCAACGGCUCAGACAAUGCAGAGGGGGAAUAAAGGUCUGGUUCAGAUUUCUCUCCACUCCCCCUGCCAAAUGAAGCAAGAGGGAAGCAGGAACCAGGAAUCCACUCCAAGCUAGGCUGUAAGAUUGCAGUGCUGCCCUGCAUGGACAGAAGCCCCUUCCUUCUCUUUGUCUAAAAUAACGUCACCUGUGACAUCUCUUCUUCUUAGUCCUGGUCUGGCAUCACAGGUGCCAACUUUUUGUUGGCGCCGGUGGGCGCUCACGCCCCCCCAGCCCCGCCCCUGCCCCAACUCUGCCCCCUCCCUGCCCCUAUUGGAUCCCUCCCCAAAUCCCCGCCCCAGGCCCUGCCUCUUCCCCAAGCGCGCUGCGUUCCUCCUCCGCCCCCUCU